AUGAAGUUCGAAAUCGCUGCCCUCCUCUUGGCCGCUGGACCUCUGGUCCAAGCCAUCGCCGUUGCCGAGCCAAUGGCAAACGCUGAGCCAAAGAAGAGAAUCGGAGCCUGGACUUUCUGCGGUGUCCCAGGUGCCGCCUGCAAGCGUGACGCCGAUGCUGAUGCCAAGAAGCGCAUCGGAGCAUGGACCUUCUGCGGUGUCCCAGGUGCUGCCUGCCACCGUCUGAAGCGAUCCGCCGAUGCCAUCGCCGACGCUUUCGCCGACCCAGAGGCCAAGAAGCGCAUCGGAGCCUGGACCUUCUGCGGUGUCCCAGGCGCUGCCUGCCACAAGGCCCGCCGUGGUCUCCUCGAGACCGGUGAUGUCGCUGAGCGCGCCGUCGCUGACCUUGAGGCCCGUGACGCCGACGCCAAGAAGAAGAAGCGCAUCGGAGCCUGGACCUUCUGCGGUGUCCCAGGCGCCGCCUGCAAGCGUGACGCUGAGGCCGAAGCCAAGAAGAAGCGCAUCGGAGCCUGGACCUUCUGCGGUGUCCCCGGCGCCGCCUGCAAGCGUGAGGCCGAGGCCGAGGCCAAGAAGAAGAGAAUCGGAGCCUGGACCUUCUGCGGUGUCCCCGGCGCCGCCUGCAAGCGUGACGUCGACUCCUCCAACAUCGAGAACAUCGUCCGCUCCAUCAACGAAUACGACCCAAGCCACUUCAAGCGCGAAUGUUUCUCUGCGGGCGGUGAGUGCGCCGCUCUCGUCAAGGCCCACCGAGCUUUCCACGCCAUCAAGCGUGAGUCUGAGCUUCUCUCUUCCCAGCCUUUGAGCCGCCGACAGGAGGAACUCGACGAGGAUGAUGACGAGGAGGUCCAUGCUUUCGUCGACCUUGCUGAGCGUGGCGUCAUUGAUUCUGAGGUCGUCAAGCGAUCUGAGGAGGCUUGCCACGAGACUGAUGGUGACUGCACCAUUGCUGCUGCUUCCCUCUACAGCAUUGAGAACGCCCUUAACGAGGCUAUCAAUGCUCUUGACGAGGAGUAA